CACCCAACCUGCAUACGGACCUAAACCACCGUAAAAUAUACUUUAUACAAAAAAUAAAAUAAUAAAAAAAAAGUCAUACGAUUCUCCCCCAUCAUCAUUCCACUAUUCAGCCCAUUACCUCGUCCCAACCCGGCAGCACCCGCCGCUGUCCCAUUCUUAGCCACCGAUGAUUGUCGGCCUGUCACUUAUCCUCGCCUUCCUGUCUUAUUUGCUCUACCGCCGCCUCUCUUCCGCCGACGGCACUAGUGGUCAGUCGAAGGCUCUCCCCAUGUGGCCCUUCUUCUCAGCCUUCAUUAAGCAGCCUCUGAGCCCGAAACCCCCAUCUUCCCCUCAAACACAAGCAACUACAGCAGCUGCUGCCGUCUCAAUAACAGUACAGGAUUACGACGCGCCGAAUUUCGAACCUGCUCCGAAGGGGAAGGAUACCCAACAACAGCAGCAGCAAACAAGACGAACACCCGCCCAAGCACCACCACCACCACCACCAUCAUCAUCACCCUUAUCAUCACCUGGAACAAUCCCCUCCCUCCCCCCUUCCUUGCCGAAUCCCCACUCCCCAGAAGCAACUCCCAAAGCACUCGCACCCUCUGCAGCCCCCACUGUUGGGAUAUCCGCGAUACCCCAGAUCUCACUGCUUACAGAUGGCGAGAGAGAUGGAGAUGAUCCGGGAGCGCGAGGUGUGGAGAGCAACAACCACAAUGACGGUGAACAGGCCGAAGGGGAUGAGACUGACGAUGAUGAUACGCCUCCUUCCUUCCCCUCUUUAAAUUCUGCCCAGCGAGCAUCCGGUGGGAUCUCAUCUCUCACUGCAUCAUUAUCACCGUCGUCAUCAUUAUCACCCUCAACAAACACAAGCACAAUGCCCUCACCCAUCACGUCGACAGCAACAACAACACUACCUAUGGCGCCUCCACCCAUUCCCAUUCCCAUUCCCAUUCGUGGGAGGAAUCCGAAGGCAAACGCCCGUCUCGUCUUACCGGGUGUUCCACCUCAAUCCUCCGCUGCUCAGCAACGGCAGAGCGAAAGUUCGGCCGCCCGUUCAAGAUUAGCCGCUGUGGGACUGGGAGCCUCCGGUGUGGCGGCGGGUAACGGACUAACGCUCCCGAACCAGCGAAAAUCCGCCACCCCUUCCUCCAGCAGUCGGAAGAAAGUCAUCCUAGAACCCGGGCAUUCACCGCUUGAUUGGGCAAGAUUACAGCGCUCCGGCGUGGACUUAAGGGGCCUCUCGCAUUCGAACCUGAUAAAAGUCUCCCCCUCGAUGCUAGCUACGCAUGCAAAAGCCCCGGACGACAUCUGGACCGCGCUGAACGGACGAGUAUACAAUAUCACGGCGUACCUCCCCUUCCACCCCGGCGGGGAAAAGGACCUCCUCCGCGGCGCGGGCAAGGAUUGUACGAAACUAUUUAACGCUACGCAUCCUUGGGUCAAUGUUGAGGGCAUGUUGGCUGAGUGCUUGAUCGGGAUAUACAUUACUGAAGAGGAGGCAGUUGCUUUGGCUGCUCCCGAAUCGUCGUUGGAAUCGGUCGAUUGAGCAGCGUGGAGCGACCUCGUAUACUGGGGAGGGAGGUGAGGGGUUAAUUUUGGGUCCAUGCCCGCUACGCUGUCCUUAUUCGGGGUUAGGUUCUUCUUUUCGAGAGGAGGAGGUGGAGGGACGUAAAAGGCAAGAAAGAAAGAAAUAGGAUUUAUAGACCGAUGGAUAUGGGAGUUUGUGUUUUGCUUUUUUCCUUUUCUUCCACCUUUUACUUCUUUUUUGUUUUGCCUUCGACCCUACCUUCAAUUCUCUUUCUUCACGAAACCAAAAAUAUCCCAUCAGCGGAUCAAACGGAUGUGAAGGAUCGGAAGGCGCAGAGAUUCUCGGAACAGUACCUCUUCUUUUACGACAAAAGCAGCCCCUAUCCUCUACUUCUUUAAUUCCCUCACCCAUGUUUCCUGCAUCUUAUCUCCUCAUGGGCUCCUCAUGUAUGUUUCUUCUUCCCUUUUUCAACCUCGUCCGGGCGUUUCUAGGGGGUUUCCUUUUUGUUUUUAACUUCUCACCCAAGUUACCUUUGAAUAUUAUCUACUUUUUCCGACUUACUGCCCCUCCCUCCCUCCCCCACUUCCAAUCAUUCUCAUGCUCGCCACGUCCAAUCCCCCUAUCCAUAUCCUUAAUGUCUCGCUCUAUCUAUCCCAUAUCCAGGAUAUACAUACAUAAAAAUGUACCUUAUCUGCAUUCUCCAUUUUCAAUCCACUUGCUAUUCGCUUUAUUUAAUGUUGCGCGCAGAAUUUGUAUGAUACCGCUUUUUAUUUAUUCUCUCCAUAUUCCUAUUCUGGCUCUAUUUGGAUUUUUGUCUGGGGGUUUAUCUUUGCUAUUAAUGAAUGUUGAAAGUGAAAAGGUUGCUACAGAGGGAGAGGGACAGAGAGGUCUGUGUGAAGUGUUUGAGGUAGGAACACGGCCCGGGGUCUCUGGCCUUUUUUAAAUUUAAUUUUCUUUCAGAUUCCU